AUGAACCUCGAGGUGCAAGGCAUACACGAGGUCCGAUGGCUGUCGAGAGGUGCUGCAGUGUCGCGGUUCGUCCAAGUUCUGCCCGCCAUCGUCGUGAUGCUUUCCGAGUGGAAGGACCAGACGAUGUACGAGCUGGUGACCUCGUAUCGCUUCCAGUUCCUUCUGAGGUUUCUUGCGGACGUGCUAGAUCUGCUGGACGUGCUCUCCAAGGUUUUCCAGCAUCGAGAGCUCGACUACCCCCUCGUGCACACUCAGAUCGUCCGCACAACCUCUCUCCUGGAGAGCCAGUACGUCGACUGUGGCGACGAUUUCGACGGCGGCCCCAACGAGCGUCUUCACAGGUUCAUCGCCAAGCAUGGACCAAAAGGGUUGCCGCAAAUGGUGGUGGAAGGCACCUCGUCGGACGGCAGCAUGAACCGCUUCAGUUUCACCCUCCACGAGCGCAUGAACAAGGCUUACCUUGGACCUGAUCAUCACGACGCUUGUGUCGCGCUCUGCACCGACAUGGCCGAGCUGCUCGUCAAAAACCUCCAGUCAAAGCUCGGUGACCUCGACUCGCUGGCUGGAGUGCGGCUCUUCAUCCCGGACACGUGGCCACCGAACUGGGAUCGGCAGGCAAGGCAGGCGCAGUGCCUGGAGUGGCUGUUGUCGCUAGCCACGCUGUUUCACGCCGACGACUCGCCCGAGAUUCUGCCAGGUUAG